AUGCGGCGCAUUCGCAUUUCCAAUGACCCGUGCCUUUCGCGCCGCCAUGUGAUGUGCUGUGCGGUGUUGUCCGGCGGUACUGUGCUGACUAGAGCUCUGCUUGUUGCUGCAGGCUCGUUGGACACUCCGUGGACGACCAUCCGCACUGCCGCUCUUGCGCGUGUGCGCUCUCCCUCCCCCCACGUGUGUGCUCUCCCUCCCUCCGUCUGUGCGCUCUCCCUCCUGCACAUUGAAGCCUACUGUGACUAUAACACCUCCCCCCCCCCGUGUGUGCGGUCUCCCUCCCCCCGUGUGUGCGGUCUCCCUCCCCCCGCGUGUGCGCUCUCCCUCCCCCCGCGUGUGCGCUCUCCCUCCCCCCGUGUGUGUGCUCUCCCUCCUCCCGUGUGUGCACUCUCCCUCCUCCCGUGUGUGCGCUCUUCCUCCCCCCGUGUGUGCGCUCUCCCUCCCCCCGUGUGUUCUCUCUCUCUCCUCCCGUGUGUGCGCUCUCUCUCCUCCCGUGUGUGCGCUCUCUCUCCUCCCGUGUGUGCGCUCUCUCUCCUCCCGUGUGUGCGCUCUCUCUCCUCCCAUGUGUGUGCUCUCUCUCCUCCCGUGUGUGCACUCUCUCUCCUCCCAUGUGUGCGCUCUCUCUCCUCCCGUGUGUGCGCUCUCUCUCCUCCCAUGUGUGUGCUCUCUCUCAUCCCGUGUGUGCGCUCUCUCUCCUCCCGUGUGUGCGCUCUCCCUCCUCCCGUGUGUGCGCUCUCUCUCCUCCCGUGUGUGCGCUCUCUCUCCUCCCGUGUGUGCGCUCUUCUCUUCCCCUCUGGUAGACUGGCAGAUGCCGAGACGGUGCUGGUGGGGUGGACGUACUCCCGCUGGAGUCCUGAAAUCGCCAGUUCCCCCCCUGUGUGCGCUCUCUCCCCCUUCCCCCUCUCUGUGCCGCCAGGACGCCAAGACGAUGCUGGUGGGCUGAAGGUUAUCCCUCUAAGUUCCUUUCGACUUGAGUGUUCCACCCCCGUGUGCGCGCGUGCUUCGCCCUCCCCUCGCCGCCCCCUCUCCACCCUCCUCGCAUGGCUUCAAGAUGCCAAGACGGUGCUGGUGGGCUGGACACACUACCGCUGGACGCACUAG